GGCAGCGCGGCGGCGGAGCGGGCCGCGGGCUCGGCGUGAGGCGGCGCCGGCGGCGGCAGCGGCGGGGCCGAGCCGGGAGGCCAAAGCCGCGGCCCCGCUGAGCCCGCCGCGGGGCCUGGGGGGAGCAGCAUGGCCGCCAGCCUGUGGAUGGGGGACACUGUUGAGCCUGGUUCAUGCAUGCCUGCUGGUUUUGAGUGGCAUCGACCCUCUUAAAUGAGUCUUCUUUUUGAAGUCUGGAGCCAUAUAUGGAUGAAAACUUUGUUUCAAGAGCCUUUGCCACCAUGGGAGAGCUUGUACUGAGUGUAAAAAUCAUUCGAAACAGGUUGACAGGAAUUCCAGCAGGCUAUUGCUUUGUAGAAUUUGCAGAUCUAGCUACUGCAGAGAAAUGUUUACACAAAAUCAAUGGAAAACCGCUUCCUGGUGCUACACCGGCAAAGCGAUUUAAAUUGAAUUAUGCAACGUACGGAAAACAGCCCGAUAACAGUCCAGAAUAUUCCCUUUUUGUGGGAGACCUGACUCCUGAUGUGGAUGAUGGCAUGUUAUAUGAAUUUUUUGUUAAAGUUUAUCCAUCGUGUAGAGGUGGAAAAGUUGUUUUGGACCAGGCAGGAGUAUCCAAAGGUUACGGGUUCGUGAAAUUCACGGAUGAACUGGAACAGAAACGAGCGCUGACGGAGUGUCAAGGAGCUGUGGGGUUGGGCUCUAAACCCGUACGCUUGAGUGUGGCUAUUCCAAAAGCUAACCGUGUGAAAUCAAUGGAGUACAAUCAGAUGUACAACUAUAAUUAUAACCAAUAUUACCAACAAUAUCACAACUACUAUGCCCAGUGGGGCUACGACCAGAACACGGGCAGUUACAGCUACAGCUAUCCCCAGUACGGCUACACGCAGAGCACAAUGCAGACAUAUGAAGAAGUUGGUGAGGAUGCACUGGAAGAUCCGACGCCUCAGUUGGACGUCCACGAAGCGAAUAAACAGUUUAUGGAACAGAGCGAAGAGCUCUACGAUGCCUUGAUGGACUGUCAUUGGCAGCCUUUGGACACUGUCUCGUCAGAGAUUCCAGCCGUGUUAUAGCCUCGUUGCUGAGGCGCUGUGUCUGUGUGACAAACCUGCCAGCGCGUUCCGGACUGUUCUGCUGCACCCGGAUCCUGCGGUAGCGAGGGGUGGCCCUUUCUCCACCCCAGGUCUGUUACUCGAGGUACAGGAGAGGACUGUGGCCUUUCCUGUAGAGAAUGAGUAUCAUAGGAGCACCGUGGUAACUUUUAUUCCUGGUGAAAGUUAGAACUGCAACAGUUUGAUUCCUUUUGUCUUGAAAUGAACUCUUAAUACUUCUUGGGAAUUGUAAUUUAUAAACUUUCAACAAGAUGGCACAGGGGAAAGACUCUACUCCAACGUACAAUAAAAAAGUUGGUCUUUUAAGUAAAAUUACCCUUUGCAUUUUGGUUCCUGCCCAUCUUUCUGUUUUGCUGCCCAUUUAAUUGUCUUCAGUCAGUUGAUCCAACCCUUGGGAAUGUGUUAUUUUAAAAAAAUCAUUGUUGGAUGCCACUAAAAUGUCUCAAAAGCCUUUCUAGUGACUGGGUAAGGUUGCUGUAACUUGAGCACGGGGAAGAAGCAUGGAGAUGAAAGCUUAUGUUCUGCUUAACCUGAGCUGGGAUCUUGAGCUAGACACGUUAUAGCUGGGUGUUCUUAAGCAGUCCACCCGAAGAGCAUUUGGGAGAGUAAAGACAGAAAGGAGUGUUAUAAAACUGCUACAGACCAAUGCCUUCUGGUGGUCUCUCGCUCGUUUGGCUUGAGGAAAUAAUUUGCACGAGGAAAUAAUUCCCCAUCAGUCAAGCAGUUUCAAACGCUUUUACCAGCAACCUUGUCUAAAUGUUGACUUUUGUGUAUCAUGCCUUUACUUUCAUUGCGGACACACCUUGAUGGUCUCGUUAAGGUUUCGUAGCGUCUUCCACUGUCCUGGCAGAGUGAAAUAACGGUGAGACUGAAGAUCUUGCAGCAAAAACGGGUCAGAGCAAUCUAAUCGAUAUAUUGUGCAACAAAUUGUUGCUAACUUGGAAAGCAGUUUUCUACUGGAUGUUGUAUAAGCUGGAUGGACAAGCAAUAUAUUUAAGCGAAUAUUAUGUUGCAUUAGAGGUGACAGCGAACAUAAUAGCACUUAUGUACAUGUUAUAAGCCCUUUUCAGGCUUUUGUGCCUUAAACUCUUUGAGAAACAGGAACAGAUGAACUACCUGUAAUAAAUGUCUAUCCAAGAAAUAGUUUGGGUAACUGAAAUUGCUACUGCAAAGCGUUUAGUUGCCUCCCUGCCCAUGUCGAUGCAGAGAUUUGCCACGAAAUUUAAAUACUUUUCAUAAAGCCUACUUCUGCUACACCUUUGUUUGUGUCCAUAAUUAUGCAAUCUUUGUCAGUCUGUGGUCUUUCUAGCAACAGCGAUGGUAAAUGCGCUCUGAAUAUGAGGGGAAUGGUGGCAUAUACUGGAUUUAGCAUUUUUCUGGAGGGCUACGGGACCCCCGCGUUCUCAUCUGCUGUGAAUUUUUUCCUCCUGCUGCGCAUCUGACUGUGCUGUGGGCUGUUAACGAGCGUCCCAACCUUCGCUUACUCUGAAUUUAAGGCAAUGAAUGUUCCCCGCGUGUGCUGGUAGCGUUUCAGAGGCAGCGGAGAGGUGGACGAGAGCAGAGGGCUUUUUUUCUUCUGAUGUAGCUGCUCAGCGGUGCUGAACACUCGGAUGACGUCCGUCUUCUUGAAAAGCGCCCGCUCAAGAGAGUGGCAUUUCGGAGGUGAUGUAAAGAAGGUUUUCUUUAUGUUCUGCUGUUAAACGCUUUCUAGAUCGUUCUGUUACUGCGCUGCAAGAGUGCUACCCUCGAUCCUUCUCUUUUGGACCUGCCUUGGUGGGAAGAAAGUUGGUGGUCUGGUGGUCUGAGCCAUCAGGAGUGGCUUCCCCUGGAUUCUAGGAGAGCCGCCUGCGUACAGACCCUCGGGCCCUUGCGCGGAGAGCGAUCUGGGAGUAGAGAGUCCAGGACAGAUUCCCACUGAAGCCUGUUUACUGCUGCGGCCGAGCUCAAAAUAGCGUUUCCUUUUAGGAGAGAGGUUGACGUGAGGCUUUGGGCCACGUUCCCUUGAUGUGCGAGCCAGCCUUUUGGGGUUGUGUGGGGGAAUCUCGGCCCAUGUUGAGCUGUUAAAUCUCUCUGCGCUUUUUUCUGCGUGUCGCUUACUCAUCUUAAUGUUCAUUUUUCAGCUCCCGGCCAUUAUUGCAGCAUCUGAAGCGCAGAGGAGACUUUUAUGUGGAGCUACAAAACAGCCGGUCACCUGGAUUUUGUAGGGUUUGUGUUUUGGAAUCCAAGUUAAACAGAGUGUGGGAUUUUGUUUGUCAUGGAUGGCUACAGGAAAAGCCCUGAUUAAUUACCAUUUAGGGUAACACAAGAUGAAAGACGAGGACUCCGUGUAGUAAGGGGCAGCCUCAGGCUUUUCAGCCUCAUCUCUCAGGGUGGCUGUGGCUUCACCAUCAGUCCCUUCCAGAUGCUCUCGUUUUAAACCCUUUCCGCUGAUUCUGGACCACGCGCCAGGAACCUGACGGAGCAGCAUCCUGGCGUGGAGGGCGAUCCCGGCACACAGGAUGGCUGGUGAUGGCCUCGGCUGGGCAGGGUUGCUCGCUGUUCCAGAGCUCGCUCCGCCGCUGGCUGGAUAGAUGCGAGGAAUUCCUCGCUUAGUGGAAAAGGCUGAGAGCGUAUGAACCUGUCCCUGGUGAAGGGAUUUGGUUGCAUCCAUAGGGCCGGAAUAGUGGGAAAGCCGUGACAUGGAGCACGUGGCAGUAGGGCGCGGAGCUGAGAUGAGCCAGUCCCUGAGGGUUUGGUGCAAGACCGUGUUCUUUCCCAGCCCUCUCCUCGGAAACUGGCUGUGCGUAGCCAGAUCUGGCUCCUUCCUGAGCCAGGAGCUCCCCCAGCUGGGAGCAGCCGCUGCGGGUGCUGCUCAGGCUCCCGUUUACCGGCAUGGCAGAGCGGUCCCUGCUGUGUGGAGUUUUCCCAGGAGAAGAGCUUGGAUAUAAAGCAUUUUGAGGGUGAAUAAACGCAAUCACUUGAAACUCUCGCUCUGCUUGUGUUUGGGGUGCGUUGGUUGGUCUGGAGCAACUUCUUGCACCUGAAGGUUGCCCACCCUUCACGGUGGGGUUCUGCCGCUUCUCCCCUGGCUGUCCCGGUGGGCAACUGGGGGAUGACUGGGAUGUGCUUUGCUCUCCUGGAAAUCGGUGUCUCUGCCUGUGAACGUCGGUGCUCAUCCUAAAUGGAGUUCCUGCCCGAGGGAGGUGGUGCGAAAGCCCGUUGGACACCGCAGCCACCUUGACCAGCAGCAUCUCUUCUGCUGGAACCCCGCCUCUGGGGCGGUGGGUCCCUGGGGCGCAGGAAAUGCUCCUGGGGAGUCAGAGGAGCAUGGAGCGGCUCCUUCCCCGGGCGGGCGCCAUGUCUCACCGUGUCCAACAUCCUCUGCUGCAGCCCCGGUGACUCCCGUCACCUGUUUUCUCCCGAUGGAGAGCAAACGGGGUGAAAGCAGCCCCAGAGCUGUCGCGGGGGGGGCUGUUAUUGCCUGUCUCUGCCCGAGGGGGAGGGCAGGGCGAUGGCAAAGUCCCCGCGCCGGCUGUUAGCAGAGAGAACCUUUGUCCUGGGGAUGCAGUCGGUUCCUCUGACCCCUCUUCCCCUCUCCCCUUGGGGAUACAAAAGCCCCUUUUCCACGGAGCUCGUGUCCCGUUCCCCCCCCCCUCCAUGAUUUUGGCUUCCCCGGAGGCACGAGUCCCUCUUCGGCAGCCUCUCUGUAUUCCCGCAGCCUGGCUGUCACUGUCUUUGUCACCAAAGCCAGACAGCGGGACAGACAGACCUCGUGUGUGACAGCACCAAACAGCGUCCUGGGGACAGGAGGACAAGGAUGGGGCCAGCAGCUUCUCCCUCCUCCCCGUGACAGUUUGUUUGUCCACCCGGGGAAGGUGCUGCGGGGUGGGGACAAGGCUGGAGACCUGUCCCCAGCGCUGCCAGCACAGCAAAUCCCCGCCAGGUCGGGAUCUGGCCACCGAGCGCA